AUGCAGAUUAUAAAACCUACUGGGAAGCAGCUUCCACAACAGGACAUCAUUAAAGCUUUGGAUAUCUUUGGAAACAACAAAAGAAGCUUGGAUGAAACACAUAAAAGAAAUGCCACAAAGAAACAGAAAGUUUCUGCUGGUGAGACGGUUAAAACAAGUGAACAUGAUAAUUCUAAAGGGUCUGGAAGAACUGAAAAGAUAAAGGCAAUCCGCAAAAGGAAUCGGAUCCACGUUCAAGGGGAGGAUAUUCCUGACCCGGUGGAGACGUUCGGAGAGCUGCAGGAGGAAUAUGGUCUCUCUGAUGACGUCAUCCAGAAUAUUAUGGAGGUUGGGUACCUCGCACCCACGCCAAUCCAGAUGCAAGCCAUACCAAUACUUAUGCAUCGUCGUGAGCUCCUAGCAUGUGCACCCACUGGCUCAGGAAAGACAGCUGCCUUUCUGCUGCCAGUAAUACAUCAGCUAAAGGGUCCGCAGAAGAAAGGUUUCCGUGCUGUGGUGCUUUCGCCAACAAGGGAGCUCUCUCAACAGACGUACAGGGAAUUAAUGAGAUUAUCCAAGGGCAGCGGACUCCGCGUACACACCAUCGAAAAUGGGGCUAAGGCAGCGCAGAAGUUUGGACCUCACACUGCACAGAAAUUUGAUAUCCUUGUCUCAACGCCCAACAGAUUGGUUUACCUUCUCCAGCAAGAUCCUCCCGCCAUCAGAUUAAAUAAUGUUGAAUGGCUAAUUAUAGAUGAAUCGGACAAGCUUUUCGAGGAGGGGAAAACCGGCUUCAGGGAUCAGCUUGGAAUUAUCUACCAGGCCUGUGACUCGUCUCAAGUCCGCCGUGCAAUGUUCAGCGCGACCUUUGCCUUCGAUGUACAGCAGUGGUGCAGGAUGAACCUCGACAAUGUAGUGACAGUCAGUGUCGGUGCUAGAAACACAGCCAAUGAAAAAAUCGAUCAGGAACUGACUUUUGUCGGGAGUGAAUCGGGAAAGCUUCUUGCUGUACGGAAUAUGUUCAGUAAGGGAUUCAUUCCUCCAGUCCUGGUCUUUGUACAGUCUAAAGAGAGGGCCAGAGAACUGUUCCAGGAACUGAUCUAUGAUGGUUAUAAUGUAGAUGUCAUCCACUCUGACAAGACACAAACACAGAGGGACAACAUCGUGAAGGCUUUUCGAGCGGGUAAGAUCUGGGUGCUGAUUGCCACCGAACUGAUGGGGCGUGGCAUAGACUUCAAGGGCGUCAACCUUGUCAUCAACUAUGACUUCCCAACGUCGGCAGUCAGUUACAUCCACCGGAUAGGACGAACGGGAAGGGCGGGUCGCAACGGAAGCGCAGUCACAUUCUUCACAGAAGAUGAUGCAAUUCACUUACGAAGCAUUGCCAACGUGAUGCGUAAUGCGGGCUGUCCAGUGCCUGAUUACAUGCUUCAGAUUAGGAAACUAUCAAAGAGAAAGAAAAGAACCUUAGAGAGGAAUCCAGUGAAAAGGGAUACCAUCAGAACACUCCCUAAAGAUGAACUACGCAAGGCAAAGAGAAAAACGGAGUUGAUGAAAAGAAAACAUGGCAAGGAGAAACCUGUCAUCUCAGAGAGUAACACAGAGAAGGAUCAAUCAAAAGAUUCUGCACCACCGAAGUCAAAAAGGAGGAAAGGAGAAAAGAAAGAUGUGAUUAAGAGUGAAGGAAUCACUGAAGGAACAUCAGGGAAGAAGAAGAAGCAAAAAGUUAAGAAAAAGAAGAAGAAACCAGCAUUAUAGCCUGAAGAACUUUGGUCGGACAAUUGCACCAAUGGUUGUGAUUAUAGGUUAUACAUGAAUGAGGAAUAUCACCUUUUUGUACUUCUAUUUCUAUGCCUCCGCCUGUUGCUGGAAGCAUUGUGUCUUCGGGUCGUCUGACAUCUUUCCAGUUUUCGUUCUUGCGAAAACUAAAACUAAAGAAUUGUUUUGAUGGAUAAACUUUUAACUUGGUCUAAGUAGGUAUGUGUUAAAGUGACUAUGAUCAGAUUUGCUGAAGGGAUACAUGUACUAAGAUCAAAGGUUAAGGUUUCAGGUCAUUAUAAACAUACAAUUUUCAAUUAACGGGGUAAAGAAAAGUAAAAAGAGGGAGAAAAGUAUUUUAAAAAAGGUUGAAGAGUAUAAAAAGAAGUGGUCUUUGCCAUGUAGCUCUAUAAUACCCCCUAUAAUUCAAUAUUCAAUAAUUAAAAUGAACGACAUCAAUUUGAGGUCGUCCCCCCCCCCCUCAAAUCAUUCUGCAGCUGCCUUUCGUGAAGAUGAUCUGAUGAGAUUUUGGGGUCACAGAGGUCAUUGAAUACAUGAAAACACCACAUUCUUGCAAUAACCAUUUAAAAAUUUAAGGGAUCAUCUUCAAACUUGAAUCAUAUUGGAGUUAUAUAGAAAUCAUGAUAUCCUAUUAGUUUGAGCAACACGUGGUCAAAGAUCAUACAGGCCGAUUCCAUGAAUUUGUUGUUUUUCUCUGUUAUUUUUGUGUCCCAUAUGAUACAGUACUAUUUUUCAUAUCAGUUGUAAGCGAUACAUCAUCAAGUCAAUUAUUUGGUGCUUAUUCCUAUUACUACUGUGGGAUCACCAUCAAUGAAGAAAAUAUUCUUUUAUUUUCAUGUCAAAAAUAUGUCAAAUGUUUCAAAAUGUCCCACACGACACAGCAUGGAAUUGAAUAACAGUUCAAUGUUUUAGAAUGUUAGAUGGUAGGUAUGUAGUAUACUUCCGAUCAGGCAAUGGCUGUGGCAUACAUUUCGACUGUAUGCAUUAGAGAAUCAUCUAUCACACAAUUUUAAGUUAUGGUAUAAUGAAAUUGAAUCUAACCAAAAUAGGACAGGGCAGCCAUGAUGCUUGAACCCCCCCCCCCCCCCCCCACCUUUCAUUCAUAUCAUUCUUAGGCUGGAGCCAGUCAUACCACAACAAUUUGAAUGUUCUCAUGUAAAUUGCUUCUGUUGACGUACUGAAUAAAAAAAAUAGCAAUGAUGACAAUAAUGGAAUCUCUGUGAUGCGAUUGUAUUCUGGUAAUAAUUUUUCAGACGUAACAAGUGACAGCAGCUCAGUCAUGCUAAUCAAUUCUAUCUGAGAGCAAAAUAUUUGGUAUUCUUUUUAGUUUGAGAUUUUUGACAAUUUUUGUCUUUUGGCAGGAGUGUCUGCAUUUAUUGUAUAUUCAAAAUAAAUUUACAAUACAUGCACAUAAUAUGAUAUGGCAUAUUAAAGUCCAUUACCAAAUGACAAAUCUAUAACAUAGAAGCGAUUACAGAAUUUAGACAUAAAUAAAAUAUUGUAAGAAUAAGAUAAAGUAAAGAAAAAUGCAGUGGCCAACUAUAAUAAGCAAAAAAUGCUAGAGUCGUAGCAGCCAAAAUUUGAAGGGAUAUACACAAUAUUGUGUAAAUACAUGUAAGUCAAACUUUGUUAUAUAGACCCUACUUUAAUUUUUAAAAUGACAUUUUUUUUUUACCACACCAUGAUCCCCACUACCUGCUUAUAUUUGUUGAAGAGAAUAUUCAUACAUUGCAACAAUGUCCGUUAUGUAGUCAUAAAUCAUCACAUACAAAAGAUGCUUCAACACUUCUUCAGAUUCUUUAACUGGAGUGUGAUUGCUGAAAACGAAUCACGAUUUCUAACCCAAAGACAACCUAUGAAAAUGGGGGUGAUAUGAAAUUGAUUAUUACAGAAGUUGAGUGGAUGUGCAUCUGACCAAUUGCAACUUUAUUAAAUGCUCAUUCUCUACUGUUCUAUUCAGUAGCGUACGCAGGAUUCUUGAAAGGAGGGUUUCGUGCUGAAAGGAAAGUUGACAAGCAAAAAAAAAGGGGGUCUUCACCAAAAAACUUUAUGUUUCGUACCAAAAAAAAUUGACAAGCAAAAAAGAAAUUAAGGGGUGGGGCUUGAACCCCUGUAACAACCCCCCCACCCUUCUCCGUGUACGCUACUGGUUCUAAUACUUUAUACUUCUGGAAAAUUAUUGAAACUAUUGUGUUACAUUACAAAUUUACAGGUUCCUCUUGUACUUCUAAUUUCUUAUUGAAAAUUGCAUGUAUGACAAAUUCCUACAUAUGCCACCGCUGCACUUAACUGUAUUUCCAAGAUUUUCAGCAACACCUGUAUUUUGUAAAUUUCUCAAGGUGCAACUUUGGUCCUCGUGUGGCGGACUGGCGGAGGUCAUGAUAGUAUCAAAGCAAGGUAGCAUGUUAUGGAAGGGGAAUAGUGGGUAAAACUUCAAUUUUUGUCUCGCCCACCAGAGGUGAAGGCGAGACUUGGGGAUCCAAAUGUCGCCAUCCGUCAUAAACCUUAUGACACAUAACUCCACAACUGUAAGUCACUUUUCAACCAAACUUGGAUGGUAGAUGGACUUGCAUGUUAUGCUGCAGUCGGAGGUCACAUGGUAAGGUCAAAGGUCAUUUUCAGGUCAACGUUAAAGUUUACAUGCAAGACGCUCUUAUGACACCUAACUCCACAACCGUAAGUCACUUUUCAACCAAACUUGGAUGGUAGAUGGACUUGGGGGACUUGCAUGUUAUGCUGCAGUCGGAGGUCGCAUGGUAAGGUCAAAGGUCAUUUUCAGGUCAACGUUAAAGUUUACAUGCAAGACUCUUAUGACACCUACAUGUAACUCCGCAACCGUAAGUCACUUUUCAACCAAACUUGGAUGGUAGAUGUACUUGGGGGACCUGCAUGCUAUUGUGUUGGGAGGUCACAUGAUAUGGUCAAAGUUCAUUUUGAGGUUAACAUUAAAGUUUAUGGGCAAGACUCUUA